CUCACCAGGACCCACAAAGCCUCCAACAGUAUAUAUUCCUCAUAACUCUCUCUUUAUGAAUGGGAAACACAACAUUCAAAAUUAGGUGUGUGAUUUUUAAUUCCCGUGCUUAAUGGCUCAGCUAUAGAACUAUCUGAAGAAACGUGGUGUUCCGUGCUCCACACGUGUCCAAGUGGUGAGAGUUUGCAAGCACUGGGAAGAGAGAUUGAUUAUUAAAACACUUUUAAGACUGCAGUUAUGUGAAAAGAAAGGGUUCUUCUAACAAGUCAGUACCCUUAACAAAUGACAGUUCCCAGGAGUUUUUGCUGAGAGGCAUGACUGCUAAAGUGAUAUAUCACUGCUUUAAAUGUAAGGUGAAGGUCUACACCUAAGGUAGUCACUCCAAGGCAGUUCUUUUCACCCUAAAAAGCCAUUGCAUGUAAUAGUGCAGUGUGACCACGGCCAGGACAUCAAAGCAUACUGUAGUUCCUUCUCAACACUUUAGCAAUUGAGUGGAAUAGGCAUGCAUUCUCUGUUGGCGUGUGACUUGGAAUAACAGAGUUUUUCCGUAUUUGUCUAUUGCAAAACAGUUGGGAAGUCCUAGUUUGAGCAAAAGAGAGAGAAAAGAGGAAGCCACCUCAAAAGAAAUGUUGGGUUCUUACCAUUCUUGAAAAUGUGGUAAUUUAUGUACAAACUGCAUCAGUUUCAGUCAUUUCCCUUUUGCACUAGAGCUCUACUUACACUCGUUCUCUGACACCUAUCUGCAAAGGCUGAGCUCUGCAGGAGGCACAGGAUGGCUCUUCUCAACAUCACAGACACACACUUGAACAACGCGGUGGCAGAGGUGUCAUGGGUGAAGGCCAGCUUGCUUCCAAGCCUCUUCCUCGGGGCUUGCUUCCUGGUUGGCAUGCCUGGGAAUGGUCUUGUGGUCUGGACGGUUCUUACCAAGUUCCCCCAGCGCUCAUUCACCAUUAAUGUCAUCUUGAACUUGGCCUUGGCUGACUUGAUGGUCAUGUUGACAGCGCCAUUCUGGAUCUACUAUUUUCUCAACAGCUGGGUCUUUGGAAAUGUCAUGUGCAGACUUCUCCUCUACCUCGUCUACUUAACUGUGUAUGCCAGCAUCUUCUUCAUCACCCUGAUGAGCCUGCACCGCUUUGCUGUUGUGGUCUUUCCGUUCACCUCCCAAAUGUGGCGGAGGCCACAUGUGGUGUGCAGGAUGUUACUGGCAGUUUGGUUGCUGGCAGGUGUCUUUGCAUGCCCAACUCUGGUAUCUGCAUCAAGCCUGAACAAGGUUGGAGAGUGUACGGAUGAAAUAUAUUUCUCAGAUGAGCAUCGCCUUGUGGUCAACAUUCUGGAGACCUUAUUUGCCUUCGUCAUCCCGUUUUCUAUUCUCUCCAUCUGCUAUUCCUGCAUGAUGAGAAGGAUUCGGACACUGAGACGCUGCAAGGAAAUGAAAACUGGGAAGCUGGUUGCAGCUGUGGUGGGUGCCUUCUUUGUGUGCUGUCUUCCUUACCACAUCUUAAAUCUCGUCAUAAUCUCUGCAUUGUUGCUGAAAUAUGCUCAGCCGGAGAAGGCAAAGGCCUUGCUAGAGACAGCUGAAGCUCUAACAAACCUUCAUGGGUCUGUAGCUUUUUUAAGUAGCUGCCUGAACCCCAUCCUCUAUGCUUUCGCUGCCCGGAGCUUCCGUGGCGGACUACGAGAGACCAAUUUUGCCAAGUUAUUUGCCAAAAUGCAUGAAGACACAGAGGAGAAAUCUACUAAGGACAUUACUGUUUCAAUGCAGGUUCUGUAACUCCAGGGGAG